AUGCCUACUGAGGAUAGCCACGGGACUCAGCACCAUACCCCCCAUGGGGGUACCUCCCAGAGGAGACGUUCAGCAGAUGCCAAUCUCCAUGUAGAACUGGAGACCCUCCGUGCCAGUGUCACCAAGAUGUCCGAGAAAUAUGACCAUCUUCAUGCUAAGAACGUCGAUCACGAGCAUGACUACCGCACACUGAAGCGUAACUGGGAGAUGAAUCAGUACCAAGGCUCCCAACGUAGCCUUAUCCGGGAACCUAAGCGUACCUAG